AUGUAUAAUAAUAUUCAACCAUUUUUUCCAACCUCAACCCUAGUCAUGAUAAAUACAGCAACGAUCAAUCAUCAAGAAUGUGCAAAAUAUGAUGUUUUAUUCAACUUACAAAAUACUUAUUUUGCCACCUAUAAGGAAGAAUCAAUGGAGGAGCUGUUAAAGGAGGGUUUCCAAAGAAUUUCAAAAGACGGCUUUAAUGUUAUUGGAAAUUCAAAUGUCUCUAAUUCUCAAUUACUCCUUCCAUUGGUUGGUCUAUCAGACUCCUUAAUCAAUGUAAAUACCGAAAAGCUAGAAACAAUGGAAGUUUGUAAUUGUCAAUCCCCGAUUAAUAAUAAGGUUGAGACUCCACCAUUGAUAGCUAGUGCAGGUUCUUCAUCUCCAAAGAAAAAAAAAAAGAAAACGCCACCAUCAGGUUUUUCAGAUUUCAAAUUGGAAAACCCUGUUGAGCGUAAGAGGAAAAAGCCGUCUGCAACAAUAGUUGUACCUUCAUCUGGAGAAGGAAGUUCUGACCAGGUUGAUGGGAUUGUUGAAAUUGAUAUCUCAAAAUAUCACCCAAGAAGAAAGCAAAGAAAUUAUGACCACAUGCUAGCUCAAUACAAACUCACCAAAAAGUAA